CAGAACUGUAGUGCAAAGAAGCACAAAUCCUGCAAAUAUUACAUAUACGUGGUAAAGAAAUAGCAAUAGGGAUCUUCUUCUUUAUGAGUUCUUGUGCGCACUAACUGUGAAUGAUUACUUCAAAGUUUCAGUACUUCUUAAUUUGUCCUGUUAAUGGCUUCUGUGUAUGUGAAUGUUUUGUAAAUUGAUUUCUUUGAAAAAGUUAAAGAUCUGAAUUGUUCAAUUUCAUACAACCAUGAUGCGUCGUCCUGGUAGUCAGGGUCCUGGAGGUGGGACCAUGGCAGCAUCGUCCACAAGUGGCAAUGCACGAGGGCCCGGAGCACGGGGAGUGGGUGGUAGUCGUCGACCUACGCCACCACGAACGCGCCCCGGCGCCUCCGGCACAGGUUCUUACCAUGGGCGUAAUAAACCUCUGCUCGAGAGACUCCGGGAUGAACUAGCCGGUUUGCGACCGAAGCGCGACAAACUGCGGACGCUGGUCGAGCGCAACGAGGUCGAAGCCGGCGACUUGGCCCAUGUGACGACCGAGAAAGAGCAGAAAGCACUUGGUGCAGAAGCGAAACUAGCGCAAAAGGAAGAGGAAUUCCUAAGUUUCGUGUCGGCAAGUGCAGCAGAAUACAAUGCAAUCCUGGAGUCGAUGGAGAAAAUGGAACAAGAAACAAAACAAAAUCGACCACUGGUAUCAUGAAUAGAUAGUCAUAGUCUAGAUUAUGCUUACUUACCCGGCUCACGGUCGGGCUUGCUUGUUAGAGAAAGUGUGUACAUCAAAUGCGUUAGUUUCCACGACAAUGAGUAUUUCUUUCACAGGUUUAAUGAACUUCUAGAAGACGAGACUUUUCCAUUUGACAUCUACAAUAAGGUUCGUGAGCAGCGCGACGCCAAUGUUGAUCUCGAUGCCGAACUGGCAGAGCUCGGGAACGAGCUGACGCGCGUAGCGGCUGACGCAGAUCGUGCAAAACAGCAGUGCGAGCUUGCCAUCAGAGAGAUGGGCGGCUUUGAUCAUGAACUCCAGAGAUGUCAAGAAUUGUUGCAGGCUGAGCGGUCUCUCGAUGCGCGAGCGCUCGAAACGCUACACCGUGAUCGCGCAUAUCUGACGGAACUGAGACAGCACGCGCAUUCGAUCAAGAACCACGUUCAAGUGUUUUACGUGGGAGAGAGCGCGGCUGGCGUGCACGCGAGGCUUGGGGACGGAGCGACGCGUAUUGCUUUUUUCUGUAGCUAUAAUCAUGUUGCUCAUUCUGAGGCUGAUGUUUGUAAAGACAAAACGAUUCGAGUGGACUUACUUAUAUUGUUCUGAUUGAUUUCAUGUCAACACUCUCUCUUGAAACAUCAGCCUCGUGUUCGUCGUCCUCUCUCCGACCUGCUGCAACGGCCACCGCAGCUAUGCUACGAUCCCCCCGCGUGACGCCAAGCAACGUUGACGCCUUACUGGAAAGUUCGUGUAUAGCGAAUGGCGCAGAUCCCCUUCAGCAUCUCGCACAGAACUGUCGCUGCGAGACCUCGGUUUCGAACUGGGUGAAAGUCGAUGAGUUUUGGUAUCUCGACGACGUCUUCCGGGAAAACUUCACAACUGCAGAACUCGUAGAUAUCCCGCCAUGGCAUCCGCGCUUUGUGCAAUUGCAACGCGCGGAAGAGCGCGCAGCCUCUACCGUGGCCGGCGGUGGUACUCAGGCAGAAGACGGACACGGAGGAGGCGGGAGAAAUUCGGUAACAGGCCUAGAUCCGGGAGGUGACGGCGGCACAAAUCUUUCUUCGAGUAAAAGCAGAAAGAGCCUCGAAGAAUUAGGACUCAGUGCUGCUGUGAAAGCAGGAGCUACAACGGCGACGUGUUCGAAAGAUUCUGUCUUGAAAAUAGCGAAUGACACGGCUCUAGCGGAGGAAGUGGAGGAGCUGAAGCUCGAAGAUGAGUCAGUCCAGCAACAAUUGGCGCGUAGCCGCAUCGCGGAGGCUCUGUUGACGGAGGAAAUCCCGUAUACACGAGCCAUACUGGAGCACAACCACGGUGCUGGCAUCUUCUGUUUCCUCGGCAAAGAUCGCGGUCUUUUCGAGAUGGUCGCUGGGAGGUUAGAGGCCACGUUUCGCGACAACAGUUCGCGAGAUCGUGUGGCUGGAGUGCUCCGACGCAAUCUCGGAGGAGGAGCCGCAGCUUGUUCUUCGAGUGGAAAAGUAACCACAACGACAGCAUCCGGCGUGGGAAGCAAUAGUGCUGACACUCCUGCAUCGCGAUCACAGCCAGGUGGAGUUGCACAAAGGAAUAAGGUUGCGUUUGGCGCGACAAACAAAACAACUAGUGCUUCUGCGAUGAAUAAGAGCAGAAAUCCAAAUCCAGGCGCAUCUAGCAGCUCCAGUACCACAACUUUAUCCAGUAAUAUGAACUCUUCAGAGUAUGUCUUCGCUGGCUACCGAUUUGUGCGGAUUUCUGACGACCACGUGUGCGUUCUGGGUGGUCGAAGGCGCGGGGCGCCUAACCUCGCUGUUCCUAGUCGGGAUCCAGAUGAGAGAGCGCGAAGCAGCGUGCUUCAAGCACUGGCCGAACCCGAUGUGCAGACGAGUUUUUCUCUUCUCUUCGUGCCAGACGAGGGAACUUCGCACCGAACUGCUGUAGAGGCAGUGGCUGGACUUAGCGGCAAGGCUACUACAUCAAGCACUCCAGAUUUUCUAGCUGCUCUCUCAUCUGCAGCCGCGACGCCGUCCGCACCUGCUGAAGGGACGCAAUUCUUGCGCACAGUGUUGGAUAGUGGGAGGACGACGUAUGCGACGCUGAUUUUGGAGCAAAGUGGUCUUCAGACUCUCGCUCAGGCACUGCGAUGUCGCGCCCUCGACUCUCGCGGAGGCCUUGCGAAGAACGAGCAUGAACGGAAGGGCGAAACGGCAGCAAGGGAAGGCGCAGCGAAAGCGGGUCGAGCGGGAUGAAAGCCUUUUUAUUAACAUCAUCUGCGUCGACAGUUUCGCGCUUUCUCUGUUGUAUGCUUGAUGGUACAGGUAAAGCUGAGUCCUCGGCCAAACAACUCAUUUGCGUUUCUGCGCCUGCCUUUUAUUAUCUAUCUAACGACGCUAGCCUCCAGCGCAUUAGCUCGACAUGCGUUGAAGUUG